CCCUCUUCUCAGUUUGCAUUGCGUCCCAGUUGAAGUCGGUUGUAGCGUCCUUUCGUCCCAACGUUCGUGAAUUAUCCCGAAAGUUUUUUUUCGCCCAAUCUCUCAUUCUCUCCCCGUUUCUCCCCUAAUUCUCGUGCCUUUGAUGGUCACCGAACAACGACCCUGGUGGUCUUCGAUAAUUUGAUUUCACAAAAGUGGUGCAGGUGCUACGGAUAAUAGUUAUUAUUUUAUAGUUCUCUCCGAAUUUUUGCAACGGUGAACAUCACUACAAAAUAAACAACAUGCGGACCCUCAGGAUUGCGGCUAUUUUGGCGUUAGUUUUCUCCACACAUGUUAUCUGUCGGCCGCAGAAUGCGGACGCUACAGAUGACGAUUACCCGGGAGAUGCCAAUAGGGAGUACGACGAUCCUGAAGAUCCUGACGAGCAAGACACUGGAGCAGGGACACCCUCAGGACCUCAAGCCAUUCUGACGAAACCCCAGCAUUUCAAGGCCUCCGUAGGAGACACUGUCGAAUUGCCAUGUGUCGUCAGUAAUAGAGACAGCGACGUGAUACAGUGGUCAAAAGGCAGCGAAACCCUGUACUUCGGUAGAACAGCGACGACAUCAGAUCCCGAGAGAAUUUUCCUCACGCUGCAGAACUCUCUGAUCAUAAAAGAACUUAAAGAAUUCGACACAUCGACUGAGUGGACCUGCAGGGUUCUCGCCAGCCCUCCGUUGGAGAUUCGUCACAGCAUUGAAGUGGUGAACGAGCCCACCCAGCUCAACGAUCACCGGUCCCUGGUGGUGUGGCCAGAAAAGAAAAUCGUCGUCAAUGAGGGAGUGAAUGUCACGUUCGGCUGUGAGAGUCAUAGCAAAACGAAACCCGAAAUCAUCUGGUCACUCAAGGGAAAGUCAAUUCAUGAUGUUCAGGGCGCACGAACGCAGAACAAUUAUGUAUUCAUUGACCAUGCAACGAGGCAUCACGCUGGAGUAUAUCAAUGUCUUGCGGAGGAUCGAUCGGCUAGUCCACAGCACGAGGCUAUUGAAGUCGUCGUGAAUUAUUCACCGUUCAUUGAAGAGGAGCACCGAACCGUCCAUACGGGUCUUGGCAUGGUGUCCGAAAUAAGUUGUGAAGUUGAUGCUCAUCCCCAUGGCCAUCUCAAGUGGUUGAAGAACGGAAUUAUUGUGCCCAAGAUCGGAACAACACACAAGCACGAGCCAACGUCCACUGGGAAAAGCCUGCAUAAACUCAUCAUUGAACACACCCACAAGGAGGACCUUGGCACUUACGUAUGCCGAGCUGUCAACGAAUUGGGCGAAGCCACCAAGCAAGUCACUCUCAGUGGUACUCCAGCCAAGCCUGUACUGAAUCACGGGGAAGAUCGCCAGAACCAGAAGGCCCACAUGGUCAGGUGGCGCGUGCAAAGUUUCUCACCCAUUACUGAAUACGAGCUCCAAUACCGAAUGAAGGGUGAAAAUCAGUGGAUCAAGAUGAAACCCCAGGUGAAAGACGGACAGGAGAACAAUUUCUUCGUUGAAAAUAAUUUCGAGAACCUCCUGCCAGGUGUCUACCAAGUGACCCUCACCGCUAAGAACGAUUUUGGCUGGUCACCGCAGUCAUCUGUGCACGAAUUCAGGAAAGAAAUCGUGGCGGAUGUACCUCAGAACGUGAAAGGUGCAGCAGGAGGUUCCUCGACGACACGGCCGCUCGCGGCACUAACAGCUCUCCUCCUAGUCGUUUCAACUCGUGUAUUUACGUGUCUUUAAUUAACUCACCACUCCACACUACAUAGGUAAUUUGCUGCAGCCAAAGCGUACACCAGCAAACUUUCAUGGUGGGACUAAGAACGAGUGUUGCCUAGGGGAGUGCCUUUACCCACACGAUUAUUUGCGUACGAAGAAGAAAAUAAGCCUUGAUACACCGUUGAAUUUCCUUAGCCUUCCAUCCACCAGUCUUCCGGAUAAUUUAGAGGUGUGUCUCCAUUUCACGACAAUUUAAUUCAUCGCAGCAAUUGCCGAUUCGUUGAAUUAUUUCGUGGGAAAGUCACUGAUACUGGGAAUGUACAUAAGAUAUUUUAAUCAAUUUGAAUAUAUAUUGAACAACAGAUUAUCAAAUGUGAGACAAAUUUUAAACUGUUCUACAACAAAAUUUAGCAGUGAAAUUGAUCGAUUUCCGUGAGAAUUUUACCAGCAGAAAUUUUUCUUCUCUAUCUAAAAACUAUUUUUACAAUUGAGAAUUUUAAUCCGUCGAUAAUGUGAUAAAUGAACCCCAGAAAAUCAACUGCAGCGUUUGAGGAAAUUUAUCGGUGCCUUGGAUACCGCAGAGGCCUAUUAAUGAAAGUAAAGAAUCCGUCUAUUCCCUCUCCUAGGUGUGCCAUUAUGUGCUAGAGAGUAUAAAGCAUUUCUUUUUAAUUUCACUCUAUGAAGUACGGAAAUAGUGUAAGGAGAUACAUAUACUUCAAGAAAAAAAGUUAUAUUUAUAUACCUGUAUAACAUAGUAUUCGUUGUACAUGAAUAAGUCGAGAGAUACACGAUCGUUAUUAUUAUAA